CUUUCAACAAAAAAUGGCGAGAUCUUCUGCUUGGCUUUCUCUCUCCCUCACCUUCCUGGUGCUCUUCAAUGGCUGCUUUGCGCGGCAGAGCUACCAGCAGAGCCCCAACGAGUGCCAGUUCCGCCAAAUCAACGCCUUCGAGCCCACCCUCCGCAUCCAGGCCGAGGGCGGCGUCACCGAGUUCUGGGACCCCUACAAUCAGCAGUUCCAGUGCGGCGGGGCCCAUCUCUACCGCCACAUCAUCCAGCCUAGAGGCCUCCUCUUGCCUUCCUACACCAACGCCCCCCUCGUCGCCUAUGUCGAACAAGGGCAGGGAGAGUUUGGAAUAGUGGUUCCGGGCUGCGCAGAGACGUACCAGUCGUUCCAGCAAUCCGAACAAGGUGGCUCUAGCUUCCUUGACAGGCACCAGAAGAUUGGCAGCUACAAGCAGGGCGACAUUAUUGUCUUCCCUGAGAGCGCAGUUCACUGGCUCUUCAACAGCGGCAACGAACAAACUGUCCUGGUCGUUCUUCAGGACACCUCAAACGAUGCUAACCAGCUUGACGCCAAUCCUCUCAGGUUCUUCCUGGCCGGAAACUCGCAACAAAACCAGGGAAGCAGCCAGCAAGGACAGCGAGAACAGGGACGAAAGCAAGGACAACGUGAACAGGGACAGCAGGGACAGCGUGAGCAGGGACAGGGACAGCAACAGCACGGCGGGAGACAAGAGCUGAUGACGGAGAGGCUGAAGGAACAGUUGGGAUACAACGGCAACAUUUUGGCCGGAUUUGACGUCCAGAUCGUGAAGGAUGCAUUGAACACGGACAUGGAGACGGCGCAGAAGAUCGUGGGAGAGAGAUCACAGGAGGAUAGAGGACACAUCAUAACCGUGGACAGGGAUCUUCAGUUGAUCGUGCCAUCAUCAUCAUCAGAGCAACACCAAACCCGCAAACAAGGAGGAGGAUCAUCCAACGGCCUUGAGGAAACGCUGUGCACCGCCAGAGUACGACAGAACAUCGACAACCCUAGAAGAGCCGACAUCUUUGACCCUCAGGCCGGCCGCUUCACCACCCUCAACAGCUUAACCCUCCCCAUCUUCGGCCAAGUCCGCCUCAGCGCCGCCCGCGGAAUCCUCAAUAGGAACUGGGGAGUGGUACCAAGAUGGACCAUGAACGCGCACAGCUUCAUCUACGUAACAAAGGGCAGCGCACAAGUCCAGAUCGUGAACCACCAAGGAGAGACCAUCCUAGACCAGCAAGUCCAAGAAGGCCAACUCUUCCUGGUACCCCAAAACUUCGCCGUGGUGAAACAAGCCGGCGAGCAAGGGUUCGAGUGGGUGGAAUUCAACACCAAUGAAAACGCGAUGUUCAACACCCUGAGCGGCCGCACCUCCACUCUGGCCGGCCUGCCGUCGGACAUUAUAGCCGCUUCUUACGAGCUAUCAAGCUCCAAGGCUCAGAGCCUGAAGCAAAACAUGAAUUCCGUGUGGUUUUACCAGGCUUCUAGCAGCAGCCCGUGGUCGUCAUCUUCUGGCCGAUCUGCUUUCAUAUAAGAACCGGAAAACGUACAUCGGAAUGAAUAAAGCAACUACGGGGAUGGAUCGGAGAGUUUAAGCAGUUUGUUUCGGCAUGGAGUUAUGGAUUUUAGAAUAAGACAGGAAACUGUACUGUUCCUCCCUCAGCUCCUAACUAUGUCUACAAAUAAAUAAAUAAAUAAAAUGCUACAUUUCUGCACUA